ACCAGCAGCCAGUCCGCGGCGUACGCCAUCAGCAAGUUCGUCAGCGGCGUCCUCUCCGACCAAAUGAGCGCCCGCUGGCUCUUCUCCUCCGGCCUCCUGAUGGUGGGUUUGGUCAACGUGGUCUUCUCCUGGAGCUCCACCGUCGCGGCGUUUGCUGGGCUCUGGUUCCUCAACGGCUUGGCCCAGGGACUGGGGCGACCUCACGCCGCUUUUCUUGUUGUUGCGCAGUGGUUCGAGCCUUCCCAGUUUGGGACUUGGUGGGCAAUCCUGUCUACAAGCAUGAACUUGGCUGGAGGCUUAGGCCCCAUCGUCGCUGCCCUCAUGUCUCUGAACUACGACUGGCGCAUGACUUUGUCCUUCUCUGGCUUCCUCUGUGUGGUCGUCUCUUUUGUUUGCCUCGUCCUGAUUAAAAACGAGCCGUCGGAUGUCGGGCUACCCAACAUUGAACAAGGAGCCAAGAAAGGGAAGAAAGGUUCCUCCAACGACAACAGCACUCUGACAGAGCUGCUGCUCUCGCCGUACCUCUGGGUGCUCUCAACAGGCUACCUGGUCGUUUUUGGAGUGAAAACGUGCUGCACCGACUGGGGACAGCUCUUCCUGAUCCAGGAGAGGGGACAAUCCAUGCUCGUGGGUAGUUCCUACAUGAGUGCCUUGGAGAUUGGGGGUCUGGUGGGAAGCAUUGCUGCUGGAUACCUUUCUGACAGAGCGGUAGCACGAGUGGGUCUGUCAAGCUACGGGAACCCUCGGCACACGCUGCUGCUUUCCAUGAUGGCUGGGAUGUGCGUGUCCAUGUUUCUCUUCCGCGUCACGGUCACGGGCGAUUCUCCCAAGCUGUGGAUCCUGACUCUGGGAGCUGUGUUUGGGUUCUGCUCCUACGGGCCGAUUGCCCUGUUCGGGGUUAUAGCCAACGAAAGCGCGCCCGCCAACCUGUGCGGCACCUCCCACGCCAUAGUGGCACUCAUGGCCAACGUUGGGGGUUUUCUGGCUGGACUACCCUUCAGUACCGUUGCCAAACACUACAGCUGGGCCACAGCGUUCUGGGUAGCUGAAAUCACCUGUACCGGCAGCACGGUGGCUUUCUUCUUACUGCGCAACAUCCGCACCAAGAUGGGCCGGGUUCCCAAGAAGGCUGACUGAGGAUAAGCUGCUUGGUGAAAAGGAUGCUCGUUUCUUGUUUAACUGGCCAAGGAGUGAGUUUACCUAUUGCUGCAAUCUUGGUAAAAAUGUCUCGAUUUCUC